AUGACCAAUCUACAACAGGAUGGUUUUAUUCGUCUUGUCUUCCCGGGUGGAAAGCGAGCCAGAGUCCGACGUUGCGGCCUGGCGAGGCAUGCAGACAGGGGGCCCUCUGGCGGUGGAGGGGGCGUGCGCGUAGCGGUUGAGCCUUCAAACGGCUUAGUCACUGGCGGUGGAACCUUCCGGCAGCGCCCACAGUCGCCCACACAGUGCUGGAGGCGUCUGGCUGACACUGGCCCUGCGUUAUCGCCCAAAGCCCAAAGCGCUGCCUGGGCACGCUGCGUGUCUGUCUGUGUGUCUGUCUGCGCUUUUUGUAUGGAUGGCCUCGCACCCAACGCAGCUCCCAAUCCAGACCUCCUCAGUCCAAUCGGGAUACCUGCGGGCAAAUGGACGGUGCGAUGGCUGCGACUGGUCGGUCUGCGCUGCUGCAACUCUGCUGAGGUCGACGGUGCCCAGUCAGUGAGCGAGCGCUGCAGCUUCCAGCAGGUUCUGGGCGGCUGCUUGGUAGCCUCGGACGAGGUGGACACUUUUCAGCCGGCUUGCGCAGCUGGACGGGCUCCCAAGAUCUUCGCCGUGACUCCUCCCAGUGGACGACCAACGACCGAGCGAGCCUGUUCGACAGCGUCGCUCGUAUCGCUCUGA